UGUUGUGUCAACUGGAAACAGGAAAUGAUGAAAUGAUGCAGAGAGCCAGCGGGUCUUCAUCUCACUCAUUAUUCACGAGUACGUCCGAGCUAAAGAGAUACAAAUGUCAACAACAACCUGAUCAUUAAAAUGGGCACUGAGCAACAAGAAGUGGAGUCUGCAGCACAUCCACCUCAAACAGAACAAGGAUCAGCAGCGAAGAAGAGGAACCCCCCUGCAGAUCAUCUCGAGGGACAAGCAGCUGAGUCCACUGACCCUCUCAAAACAUACAAAUGGAAAACGGCCUCAAAGGAAUUUCUUCAUGAGGUGAGUGAAGACGGAGCCUCCUCUGCGGCAUCUCCAACUGAAAGGACUCAAAAGGGCAACAAAUGGAACAAGAUGCAAUUGUGGCGCAAGGCCCUGAGUGAGGAAGACAAAGCAACUAAGAUGAAUUCUACAGGAAAGAAUCCCUUCCACAGAGCCCUUUCUUUGCCUCCUGUGUCAUUUUUUGCCACGCUGACCCAAUCUUCUAGCUCUGCCAGUGCACCACACGGAGAGCCCCCAACACCCUCUGUUGCAGAAGCCACUUUGGAGCCUGAGCAAGGGGGAGGAGGGGCCCGAUUUAAAAAGUGCUGGAGGUCUGUGUCUCAGAAGCUCAAAAGGCCCAGACUGCAAAGUCGGAACAGCGCCCCUAUAUUGUUACAAGGUGGAGGUGAGCAUGAAGCUGUGUCCACAGAACUCCAGAAAAACCAGUGGGCGCAACCCCGGGAAGUUACCUUGUGGAACAUUAGCAACUGUGUUCUUCAAGAUGGACAGAUUCUCAUCUGCACCGAGGAAGAACCGACAAUGUGGACCCGGACCCGUGUUAACAGCUGCCUGUCCAACCUCAGUAUGCAGAAUCUUGUGGAUAUUGACGCAGAAUGUAGUCCUGACCCCGUGAGCUCUCGACCAAAGAAAGAAGAUGGUGGUGUGCGGGCACUGAUUAAGCGACGUUUUGAGAACAAGGCCAAGAGAAACAGCAACACUCAAUUGAACCAUGUGGGACUAAACAAAGGAAGCAGGCACUAUGGAUCCAAGGAGUCUGUAUCAAUUCCAGUGAGCCCUGUUGGAAGUCUGGAUCUGAGUGCAGAUGCCAGUACUGUGGUCAGGCCAGUCCACAGCUCCAUUUUAGGGGAGAAGUACUGUUUUGAGGUCAUAAACUCGGAGAACACACACUGCUUUGGCUGCUCCUCAGCUGCAGAGCGUGAUCGUUGGAUUGAAGACCUGAGAAGGGCUGCCCAGCCCAAUAAGGAUAACAUUGAGCGGACAGAGAACUCCCUAAAUCUGUGGGUGAAAGAAGCUAAGGAUUUGCCUCCCAAACGCCGCUAUUACUGUGAAGUACAUUUGGAUGGGACUCUCUUUGCCCGUACCACCUCUCGCCCGAUAGGAAAAGUGCCCAGUCGUUCCAACCUGGCUGCAGAAAUCUCUACUGGUUCUUCAGGAAGUCUGGGUGGUAGUGGAGGUGUUGCAGGGGGAUGUCAGUUAUUCUGGGGAGAGUUCUUUGAACUUGACAAUCUUCCAUGCAUCUCCCAAAUCACCUUGCACCUCUUCCGCGAGGAAGAACCCAAGAAAAAGCGCCAUUCUCGAGAUGAAUUCAGCCUGCAUCCACUGGGGAGUGUCAAUAUACACUUAGCUGAUAUCCGAGGGAGGACCUAUCAGGAAAAGUGGUAUCCUAUCAUUCCUUACAAGCUGUCGAGUACGGGGUGCGCCAAAGAGCAUCUGGGGUCACAGGCUUCUCUUCGCAUCAAGGCCCGUUUCCAGAAUCUACACGUUCUUCCUAUGGAGAAAUACAAGGAGUUUGCUGAGUAUGUGACUGUGAAUUAUGUCGACAUGUGCAAAAGCUUGGAGCCACUUCUGAAUGUGAAAGAAAAGGAGGAGCUGGCCGGGGCGCUUGUGCAUGUGCUGCAGAGUAUCGGCAAAGCAAAGGAAUUUCUCGUUGAUUUGGGAACCGCCGAGAUUGAACGAUUUGGAGAGAAGGAGGCUCUUAUCUUCAGAGAGAACACAAUUGCCACGAAAGCCAUAGAUGAAUAUAUGAAGCUGGUUGGACAGAAAUACCUCAUUGACACAUUAGGGGACUUCAUCAUACGUCUCUAUGUAAUGGGGGACAACUGUGAAGUUGACCCCCGCAAAUGUCAUGCCUCUGAACUAUCAAACAACCAGAGGAAUUUGAGGGAAGUGUGUGACGAAGUGGUGCGGAAAAUUAUUGACCUCCAUGGACACUUUCCUGAGGAGCUGAACAAGAUUUUCUCAAGUUGGACGGUGUUGUGUGAAGACCAAGGAAGACCAGAGAUUGGUCAACGUCUCAUCUCUGCUUCCCUCUUCCUUCGCUUCUUGUGUCCUGCUGUCCUGAGUCCAUCUCUUUUUGGUUUGACACAACCAUACCCAGAACCAAAAACCCUCCGCGCACUCACCCUAACUGCUAAAGUCAUCCAGAACUUGGCAAACUUCACUCUGUUUGGAGACAAGGAGGAGUACAUGCUUUUUAUGAAUGAAUUCUUAGAGCAGCAUUGGGACAGAAUGAGGGGCUUUCUCCAAACAGUAUCCAAUCCAUAUGCUGAAAUCCCAAUGAGUUCUUUUGAUGGCUAUGUGGAUCUACCUCUGCGACUGGCCGUGCUACAUGGUCUGUUGGUUGAUAUCAUCUGUCUGAGGGAUCAGGACACCAUUGAGAAAUUGCACCCUCUGCCUUUGAUCCUGAACCAGAUAACAGAGUCACUGGGCCCUGAGAUGCAUCAGAUAACAAUUAACCAGAAACAAGAUAAGCCAAUGUAUGUUCCUCCAAAGGACUUGAGCAAAUUUAGCCCUCAUCAAUCAUCCCUCCAACAGCUUCCUCAAGACUCCAAGAGAGAUGGAGAUGUGAAAGCUAGGAGAAGGAAGCCAGUCGCCAGAACUCAAAGUGCACCUCAUAGACGUCCUGAAAAAAGACUAAAGAGGCAGACAAGUUCUGAAGCCCUGCCCACAGCUGAACAUGAACAAGAUUUGCAAACAAACCAGCCCCUCAUAUCAUCACCAAAAACUAGCGAAACAAUCAAACCAUGUGCACCAGUCCCUUGGAUUAAAGACGUACAAAACAGGGAGCCCAGAGAGAUGCACUCUGAGCAGGAGGAACUCAGUUUACUAGAUAAGCAUGCCCAAGAACUGUCCGAGCUCCGCCUGGGAAUAGACCAGGUGACUGAACGUGAGCUGGAAAUGGCAAAGCGACUGGAGGACUUCAUUAACCAAAGUCAAGAUCAGAAUGCAAUACUGCAGGCCGAAAUGGAUGAGCUUCGGAAUCUGCUGGCUGUGCGGGAGGAGCAGCUUGCUAGCGCCACCUUCAGGUUGGAUGUGAUCGAGGAGGAGAGGGAGGAUGAUGAGCGCAAGCUGAAUGCCGCAAUUGCAGCUGCUGAGCGAAUGAACAUACUGGAGGAGCAGUUUGCUGGCUUGAUGAAGGAUAUUCAUCAGCUCAAUAAAUCAACAAGCUGAUGAAAAGGAACAAAUUGUCAGUUCAGGAUGCUUCUUAGGGUUUGCCAUAGUUGUGUACAGUUUCAGUAUAGCCCCAAGUAUGCUUCUUAGCCAUUUCUCAGCGAGCACAUAAAAACUAAGCUUAUCUUUGCCAGACAUUUAUUGGUGUGUAGUAUGAUAAAUUGAAUCUCUUACAAAAACUGAAACACUGACAAAUGACUGAACAAUCAAUAGCCCAUCGAGCAGUGAUUUUAUUUGUGUUAAGCACUUCAUAUAGAGUUCAUACCAAAGUCAAUACAAGAUUUCGACAAACAGUCAAAAUAUUUGGUUCACUCACACAAUCUUACAAUAGACACGAUAAAACGUUUACCUUGAAAUUCUCCCUUUACCAACACAAAAAUGCUCAGUAAUUUGUGACGGUGAAGAACUCACUCUAUAAUGUAUAUACGUACUUUUUUAUAUUUGUAAUAUCUGUAUGAGCAGUACAUUUUGACCCGUCACAACGUUAUGGCCAUUUGAGAAAUAAUAUUCAAAACAUUAGAUGUGUGAAAUGUGGUUUGCGAUGAGAAUUGCUUUGUAAACCUUUUUAGACAGAUGAGAUAUGAGCCAGUUACUUUAUUUCUCAUUUGUUCUUGAAUUUCUUUGGUUCGUGGCCUUUUAUUAUAGCUUUUUGAGAUCUUUCCGUUGACUUCAUUUUGUCAGACAAGUUCUACAGUAUUAUGGUGGUAUCUUGAUUGAACAUGCUCAGUGAACGUGAACAUCAACUGUUAGCCUUCCUCAGCCGUGAUAGCUCACAGUAAAUUCAUGAUUUGUGGGGCAAGUAUUUUUUCCACACAGGACCAGUUACUUUUGAAGUGCUUUUUUUCCUUAAUAAAAAUCAAAUCAAUGAACUGCUUUUAUGUUUAUUUGCGUUAUAUUUGUUAUAUUUACAUUUCUUAGAUGACCUUGAACAUUAAAGUAGGGAAACUAUGCAAAAAAGUCAGAAUUUGAGAAUAGGGCAAAUAUUUAUUUUAAAUGCACUGUAAUUAUUAAUGCUGGACAAUGACAAAAAA